UACAAAUGGAAGGAGAGCUUCAGGAGGAAGAAAAGCCGAUUAAAAUAAUAGGGAAUUAUAAUAUUUAUCAGGAAUUAGGAAGUGGACAGUUUGGACAGGUUUAUAGGUGUAGGAUAAGGCAUGAAGAUGAAAUUCCUUAUGGGGUUAGAGAGCGUAUGAGAAAUGAAAUGAAAUUAGCGAUCAAAAUGAUACCCCUGUCAUUGCUUGAAGAGAGAGCUAUUAUGAAGAAAUACUUGCUUAGAGAGAUCAACAUAAUGCGCAAGCUGAAACAUGAUAAUGUCCUCAGGUGCAUCGAAGUAUUCAAAAAUAAAAACAACUGUUAUAUUGUUGUAGAGUAUUGUAACGGGGGAGAUCUAAGCUCUGUUCUUAAAGCAAGAGGUAAAUAAACUUGAAGAAGAGUUUGCCAGAAUUGUUAUUACCCAGAUAGCUAAAGGAUUAUGCUACUUAGCAGAGAAAGAAUUAAUCCACAGAGAUUUAAAACUGGAUAAUAUCCUUGUUAAUUUUCCUGAGUAUAAAGAGUCCAAGCCUAUCGAUAAAGAGUAUAUCAGAAACUUCGAUUACGAAAAAGGCAAAAUUGAAAUAAUCAUAGGCGAUUUUGGCUUUUCCCGGAGUUUAAAACCUGAAGAAUAUACUACAUCUACUUGAGGAACUCCUGUUACGAUGGCUCCUGAAAUAUUUAACAAAUAAAGAGUCUGGCCAUACAGUAGACAUCUGGUCUUUUGGAGUUAUUAUUUAUGAGAUUGUUUUUGGGAAGCCUCCAUUUAACUCAAAAUAAACCGAGGUUUAAGGAGAAAAUGAGUAAUGGGGAUUUUAAAAUUCCAAAGAAUACGGACAUUUCCUCAGAAUGUGUUGACUUUAUUUGAAAAUGCUUACAACCCAAUCCAGAUAAAAGAAUUAAGCAUAGUGAAAUCUUUCUUCAUCCAUUCUUUUAAAAAUAAAACAAUAAAAGAGGAAGUGGAAGAAACUGGAGUAAGAUUAGCCAACUCUAAUGAAGAGGAGAAAUGCCAUCAUAAACCUGGUAAACAAAUGAACGAAGAUGAGUUAAUUCAAAGGCCACAAGAAUGCCCGGAUGAUCAAAAUGCCAAUCAGAAGACAUCUCAGAAGAAAAUAAUAAAUGACAAACUACCUUUAGAAGAGAACAAAGAAACCCCUUAUACUAAUACAGAAGAAAAUUCAGAGUCUGAUUCAUUUACAGUAGUAGAAGAUUUUUCCUCCCAAAUAGAACCUCAGAGUACCCCUAAAAGGGAGGUUACAAGACCAGGCCCACCCUCAGAGAGUUCUGGGGCUAAAGAAGAACACAAAAUAACUUCAGCUGUUUCAUGGAAUGUCACUUCACGAGUGGAUUCUGAAAGUGUUACUCCCGCUGAUCUCCCUCCCACGCUCCACAUAAAAUCCACAAAAUCCUUCGAAACCAACCUUAACAACUCCCAAACCUCCAGUGACUCCAACACACCCUCCAGUUGUUCAGACUCAGACCUCAACAACAUCAAACAGGUUGAAUCCUUCUUAAUCCCAAGUUCAGAUAUUGCUCUGCAGUAGGCACCAGCCAGCUGAAGAAUAGAAGAGGGAGAGGGAUGGAGGAGGAAGGAAUAGAGGUAUAAGAAAUUUAGU